AGGCACGAAACAAUAUUUUCGCGUAUUGACCCCCCCUCACCCCCCAUGAAACCCUCACUUUCCCCAUUACUCAUCUCCCUCUUCCGUGAGCGGCGGUGACAGCGGCGGCGGCGCAUCUAGCAGAGAGGCCGGCGAGAGGAUAUUUCAAGGUCACCGUGAGCACUUCUGGCAGCACAACUCCUUCAAUUGAGUUGCAGGUGCUGAAUGACAUCGACGGCAACUGCGGGUGCUGAAUGGCGGCAACGGAGACGGCGGGUGCCUAAGGGCCGCGACGGUGGCGGCAGUGCUGAAGGGUCGUGACGGUGGCGGAGGGUGUUGAAGGGCGGCGAUGACAACGGCGUGCGGCUGCCGUGCCUCGAGCGUGUAGUCCCAUGCUGGCGCGUUAUCCCGCCCCGCCCGUCACUGUCAGCAAGUUCAGGGUGCAGUUAACUCCUCUAGUGAUUCUGUGAUGGUUGGUUUGAUGAUGCUCCGGUGAUCCAUGGGCAAAGUCCAGGGUUUACCCUCUCCUCUAGUGAUCCAUGCGUGGCGCAACAGACUCCAGCGAGAUAUGCGUGGCGGGAUUGGAUGGGAUCGUGGUGCAUCAUACUCAAGCGACCUGUAAAUCGGUGAGGACAUGCGUCUGCGUGUGCUUGCCAUCGGCCCGGUCCGGUCGGCAGAAGCUGGCGAAUCGGUUCAGUCUGUAGAAAAGUCGCCAAGGAAAAAAACCGACGACGUGGCACACCACGUGGACCUAGUAAUCGGGGCCCAUAGAUCAGAACACUCACAAAAAAUAGAAGAGGGUAAUUUGUGGCAACACUUUUGUUAAAUGGGGUAUGCCGGAUAAAAUUCUCUUAAAUAGGGUAAUUAGCGUUAAAAAUGUUAAACUUAGGGGUAAAAACUGGAAUUCACUCUAAUUUAUGCGGCUGCGGCACAAUGGUUUAUCAACAUGAUAACAUUGGUUGUUCAAUCCAGAAAAAGAAAAAGAAGAGAAGCAAUUACGUAUGCCCCAAUUGAUGAGAGAGAUAGGAUGAGAAGAGAGUAUUUUGACAACAAAAUAUGGAAGAAUGACACAACUUGUGUGAACAUGCUUAGGCUUCGGAGAGAAUCUUUCUUUAGGUUUUGUCAACUGUUUAGGGAUCGCAACUUGCUAAAUGACACAAUACACUUGACUGUUGAGCAACAACUAGCAAUGUUCCUGCACACCGUUGGGCACAACAUUAGAAAUAUGGUAAUUGGCGCCAAUUUUGGUAGAUCCGGUGAAGUUGUGAGCCGUUACUUCAAAAGGGUAUUCCAUGCCAUUGGUGAGCUUCGAGAUGACCUUAUUAGGAAGCCUUCAUUGGAGACCCAAACCAAAAUAGAAGGAAACUACCGGUGGGAUCCAUACUUUAAGGAUUGUAUUGGAGCUAUUGAUGGCACACAUGUGCGAGCCUCCGUUACACCAGAUAUGGAGGCUGCCUUUCGUGGUAGAAAGACUUGUGCUACUCAAAAUGUGAUGGCGGCUGUAGAUUUUGACCUUCGAUUCACAUAUGUUUUGGCCGGUUGGGAGGGGACAGCACAUGAUGCUCUAGUUUUAUGUGAUGCUUUAGAACGUGAGAAUGGUCUACGUGUCCCACAAGGAAAAUUUUAUCUAGUUGAUGUUGGAUAUGGAGCCAAACCGGGUUUUUUGCCUCCUUUUCGUGGCGUGAGGUAUCACUUGAAUGAGUGGGGAAACAACCCCGUGCAAAACGAGAAGGAGUUGUUCAACCUUAGGCAUUCUUCUCUUCAUGUGACCGUAGAACGUGCAUUUGGCUCAUUGAAGAGAAGAUUCAAGAUACUUAAUGAUGCCACCCCAUUCUUUCUAUUUCCAACACAAGUUGACAUUGUUGUGGCUUGUUGCAUUAUUCACAAUUGGGCUAUAAAUGAUGGGAUAGAUGAAUAUAUCAUACCCGAGGAUGAAUGGGUGCCAAAUAUUACUCAUGCUUCGUCAUCAAGUGGCCAAGCACAUGAACAUGCAUACAUGGCUAGUUUUAGGCAAGGACUUGCUGAUCAAAUAUGGGAAGACCGACAAAACCAUUUGCAAGGUCAAAAUAUGUAGUAACUACUAUGUCAUUUAGGUCGUUGUGAUGAAUUAUUGUACUUUGUUAAACUAUUCUGUGUGCUGGAACUUAUUUGUAAGGACAUAUUAUUUGCUGAAAUUACUAUUUGUAAUGACUAUUAUUUGCUGAAUUAUUGUACUUUGUUA